CCUGUCUGCGCGUCUCUUCUCUUCCAGCCGGUCAGGAGUCUGAUUGGGGAUCGGUGCGCGUGAAAGCGAAACUGGUGUCGUCACUUCCUUCUGGGGAAAGGCGGGGGCUGCCUGGAGAAUGUUUGGGAGUGGCUGACGCGUUCAGCCCAUGAAUGGCAGGAGAAGGUUCCUUACUGCCUCCGUGAUUUCGGUCCAGAACUCCAACUUCGUGUAUCCGUCGUGCCAAAACUGCUUUUCCAGGCUCUGCCUAGAUUUGGAGAGAUACAGCUGCCUGAAAUGUGGCUGCUCAGGUGACGCCAGGGAAGCCAACUACAGGUAUCGGCUCUCGCUUGAAGUAGCCGACGCUCACGAGGUGUUUCUGGUGACCGUGUUCGGCAGCUGUUUGGAAACUUUCUUUGGCGUUCCAGCAGAGAGUCUGCAGAGGUACGUUGAAGACUUGAACUCCGAAGCAGGAGAAGCGACCAGAGACACAUCACCAAGUGUGUUAAUUCAGGCUGUUGAAACCUGUUUUGUCGGGAAGAAAUUUAUCUUUGGAGUGAAGGAUUCCAAUAAGCAAGAUGGCGCCAGUUGCCGUGUGAAAACUCUCACGGCUUGCCAAGUGUUUGUACCGAAUCCCGGGCUCGUGGGCUGCACCGUUCUCCAUUACCUCCAUCAGCACCAACACUGUUCUCGUUCCACGGUCGGCCAUGGGGGCGCGUGGUCUCCCAGUAGCACCUUCACAGCACUCGAUCAGCCAAGCGGGGAGCUCAGCAGCUGGUACGGCUCUGGAGACCAGGUUUUCUCAGGUCACACGAACUGUUUUUCAAGCCUCUGGCCCCAGUCAUUUGGACUGGCUUCCUCGUCCGUUUCUGGGGGAGCAGCUGCAGACCCUACAGCUUUAGGUUUGAGCAGACCCGCCUGCGAUGAGCCCGGAUUGGACGGAAGCCCCUUUUGUCUGCCGCACCACAGGCAAUCAGUCGACACCACCCAGGACGAUAACCUGACUGUAAAUGAGAGGAACGUGCAGGGAGAUGAUAAACUGUGUUUGUGUUCUUCUUGGCGUGACAGCAGCUUUGUGACAAAGGAUGCACAGAGCCAUUCCUCAGAAAGAGACGGCUGCAGAUCAUUGGGGAGUCCAUUAGAAAAAGGGAAGAAAGACUCUCCUGGCAAAAUCAGCAGCCGGCGUAGUUGCGGUCUGGAAAAGUCACUCAACCCUUUGCAAAGUUAUUCCUUUUGUCCACCGAUCUCGUAUCCCGGCCACUCUAGAGAUAGUGGAAGCUCUCAGGGUGACUCGUGGUUUGGGGACGAAUUGCCCUAUUCUGAAAGCUUAGAUGAAUUCAUUGCCAGAAUCGAGAAAGGCCAGGCCACGGUGGCGCCCACAGAGACUAGAGCUUGGGGACGCUUCCAUGACAAGCAGGCUGGUGAAAUCCACAAACACGUUAACUGGUCGCCCCUUCAGCUAGAGGUCAUUUCUGCGACCAGCCAAGCAGGUGAGAAACCGCAAGAAGUAGCUGAGAAAGAGGAUGUGUCCAAAGAACCCGUUCCGUCACGUCACCAGGCCAUCUGGCAACCCCUUAGUGGCAAAGAAUAUCAACAGGGGGCCUCUAUCAGCUAUUCAUCUACUCAGCUUUCUCCAGCUGGAAUUAAGCCUUCUGGCUCAAAAGGAAGUUGCCCGUCAUCUAAGGAGGGAGAAGUCGAAGACACGAUUGGUCAUGAGAAUCACCCUGUGCCCUCUUCUUUAAAGACUGCCGGUAGCUGCCGCAAGGGCCCCGUCCACGUAAAUUGUAAGCGUGAGGGCAAUGCACGGAACAAAUCAAGUUCUCGCUAUGAGCGGAAACAAACUUCUGACCCGACAAACGUCCGGGGGCAGGGCUUCACCUCAGCGGCACAUGAAAAACCAGACGCGGAUCGGGAAAGACAGCCGUUCCAAGAAGUGCAUGAAAAUAAUUGUGAGGGGGGCGAGAUCAGCAGUUUGCUACGGGACUCUUCCAUUUGCCCCUGGGGCGGUUACAAUGCUUCGGCCGACCUCUUUGACGCCAGCGCCGCAGGGGUGGAGGUUGUCGCAGGGACGUUAAGCUCAGCACCGGGAGGCGCAAUGGCCGCAAAGCCCACGGCCUCUGGACGCAGGCCGAGCGAGUCGGGGGCUGGCUGGAAUACGUCUCAGAAUGGGCUACCCUUUCUUGAGUCGUUGGCUUCUUCUGAGCCGAAAGCAAGCACCCCGGUGGCAGGCCCAGCUGCCGAGUUGGGACCCGGUCUUUCGGACUCCCGAGACUUCGUGCCUUCUUCCCAGUCCACUCCCCGUGUGAGACCGUGUCAACAAGCAAGACUGCCUAGGAAGACGGAAACCAAUCUUAGCGAAUUGCCACUGAAUAGAUUGCCUUGGAUCGAGGCCAAAUGGAAGAGGUCCAGGGCUGCUUUCAAAGGCCCAUUCGCAAAACAGCUCGUCAACAAGUUCCUGCAAUCCAGGAGGUCAAAGGGCGGGAGCGCUGCCGAAGCAGGUACUUCAAUGACUCCGGGGUUGGCUAGCAACGGGAGCCUAGCCCAGGAGCCAUCUGGAAACGACAGCGACGAAUGGAUUCCUCCAUCUGAAAAGAAAUGGAGGCAGACACACCCUUUCCAGGAUCCGAAAAUGUCUAGGUUGAGUAAGAGGAAGUGUUGGGAUCACAGUCCUUUUUCUGAAAAGCGAACAAGACGGACAGUUCUCAGACGUAUCCUCGGAUUGGCAAGAACAGAAUUCACUCCUCAAAGCCAGCAGCCAACAGAAGCCUCUUUUCGUGAAGACGUUGCUGAUUCUCAGCCGGUAAUGGUGGCGGCGUCCUCCAGAUCUUGCACUGUUUCAGGUGGCACCAGGUCAAACUGGCCUCCCACGCCUCGUUCCACACCUAACAUGGCGAACUGGUCUCCUGAGCUGUUCAGAGACAACAGCUAACUAUUCACCCCAGAAGCCCUUUCAUGAAAUCCUAAAUGUAACUUUCCUUCUGAAAUGUAACCUUUUCAGGCCCAGUUGGAACCUUUGACCCACAUUCGAGAGGUCCAAGAAAACUGUGAGAGGGGAAAGGACUAUUUUUUUAAAUGGUACUCUCUCUCCCCCAGAAAAGCUACACACCUGUUGUAUUUUUGUGUGUUUUUUUCAUGGCAUUUUUAGUGCUUGUAAUGCCUUGAUAAGCGUCCUGAAGCAAUGCCAUCCCUGACUUUCACAGAACAUUAAAAACACUGCUUUUCUUUAAAAA